UCACAGGUGCAAGGUGGAUAUGACUAUCCAGUACCAACAAUAGGACUACCUGAACCAAAUAAUAAUUAUAUUCCUCCGUCAGUGAGUACCGAUGUUUCACAGUCACAAGGUGGCUAUUACUAUCCAGAACCAACUGUGAGACUACCUGAACCAGAUAAGAAUUAUAUUCCACCGUCAGUGAGCGCCGAUGUGUCACAUUUACAAGAUGGCUAUUACUAUCCAGUACCAACUGUAAGACUACCUGACCCCGAUAAGAAUUAUAUUCCUCCGUCAGUGAGUACCGAUAUUUUACAGUCACCAGGUGGCUAUUACUAUCCAGAGCCGACUGUGCAAGGUGGAUAUGACUAUCCAGUACCAACAAUAGGACUACCUGAACCAGAUGAGAAUUAUAUUCCUCCGUCAGUGAGUACCGAUGUUUCACAGUCACAAGGUGGCUAUUACUAUCCAGAACCAACUGUGAGACUACCUGAACCAGAUAAGAAUUAUAUUCCACCGUCAGUGAGCGCCGAUGUGUCACAUUUACAAGAUGGCUAUUACUAUCUAGUACCAACUGUAAGACUACCUGACCCCGAUAAGAAUUAUAUUCCUCCGUCAGUGAGUACCGAUAUUUUACAGUCACCAGGUGGCUAUUACUAUCCAGAGCCGACUGUGCAAGGUGGAUAUGACUAUCCAGUACCAACAAUAGGACUACCUGAACCAGAUGAGAAUUAUAUUCCUCCGUCAGUGAGUACCGAUGUUUCACAGUCACAAGGUGGCUAUUACUAUCCAGAACCAACUGUGAGACUACCUGAACCAGAUAAGAAUUAUAUUCCACCGUCAGGGAGCGCCGAUGUGUCACAGUCACAAGGUGGCUAUUACUAUCCAGAACCAACUGUAACACUACCUGAGCCCGAUAAUAAUUAUAUUCCUCCGUCAGUGAGUACCGAUAAUUCACAGUCACAAGGUGGCUAUUACUAUCCAGAACCAACUGUGAGACUACCUCAACCAGAUAAGAAUUAUAUUCCACCGUCAGUGAGCGCCGAUGUGUCACAGUCACAAGGUGGCUAUUACUAUCCAAAACCACCUAUACGACUACCUGAACCCGAGAAGAAUUAUAUUCCUCCGUCAGUUGAAUGCUCACCAGAAAGUUUCUAUCAGAAUCCAAACUGUCUUCGAGAAUAUCUGUCUUCUACACUAAAAUGUCCAUCCGAUACUUUCGGCCAAUAUCCAAAUUGUCAACGAAUACCUCCACCACCUCCACCUGAAUGUCCACCUGGAUUAUUCGGACAAUAUCCUCACUGUGAACGACCAGCUCUAUCUCCGGGUCCAUCGUUGGAAUUCCCUGGGUCACAAGGAUCACAAGGUUUUCCAACACGUCCAGAGGAAGGAGCCGGUAUAAAUCAAAAGUGUUUGCUUUCCUGUGUUGGUUAAUAACAAACAUUUAUCUCCUAUACGUCUUUGUCAGCUAUGGAUUUCCUAAAUCAACACAUCCUUCAACGGCAACACAACCAAUUUCUUGAUUGCUAG